AUGGUGAAGGAAACAGAGCUCAUCUUCAUUCCAGUUCCAUCCACAGGUCAUCUUCUCGUCAAUAUUGAUUUCGCCAAGCGGCUCCUCGAUCUGGACCAUCGGAUCCACACCAUCAACAUCCUCAAUUUAAGUUCACCCACUAACCCUCACGCCUCCGUCUUCGCCAGAUCUCUCGUCGCUUCUCAGCCGCGAAUCCGCCUCCACGAUCUCCCCGCCCUCCACGAUCCUCCGCCGGUGGAUCUCUACAAAAGAGCUCCCGAAGCUUACAUUGUACAGCUCGUGAAGAAAACCACUCCUCUGAUUAAGGACGCAGUCUCCGGCAUCGUUGAGUCGCGUCGUCGAGGCUCAGAUUCGGUUCGUGUCUCCGCUUUGGUUCUCGAUUUCUUCUGCAAUUCAUUGAUCAACGAUGUUGGCAACGAGCUCAAUCUCCCUUCUUACAUAUUCCUGACGUGUAACGCUCGAUACUUGGGUAUGAUGAAGUAUAUCCCGGAUCGGCAUCGGAAAACCGCCUCCGAGCUCGAUUUGAGCUCCGCCGAUGAGGAAUUGCAAAUCCCUGGAUUCGUCAACUCGAUUCCGGUUAAAUUUAUGCCGCCGGGUAUGUUUAACAGAGAGGCAUACGAGGCUUACGUUGAGCUAGCGCCGAGAUUCGGCGAUGCGAAGGGUAUUUUGGUAAAUUCGUUCGUGGAGCUUGAGCCGCAUCCGUUUGACUAUUUCUCUCGUCAGGAAAACUACCCUCCGGUGUACCCGGUCGGACCUAUUCUGAGCCUGAAGGAUAGAGCGAGCCCGGACGCGGAGGCGGCGGAUCGGGAUCGGAUCGUGGAAUGGCUCGAGGAUCAGCCUGAGUCUUCCGUUGUGUUCCUCUGUUUCGGAAGCAAAGGAAGUGUCGAUGAGCCGCAGGUGAAGGAGAUUGCUCAAGCGCUGGAGCUCGUCGGCUGCAGGUUUCUGUGGUCAAUCCGAACAAGCGACGAAGAGACGAACGUUAACGACGUGUUGCCGGAGGGGUUCAUGGGCCGAGUGGCGGGAAAUGGUUUGGUGUGUGGUUGGGCCCCACAGGCUGAGGUGCUGGCCCACAAAGCGAUAGGAGGGUUCGUGUCUCACUGUGGUUGGAACUCCACGCUUGAGAGCUUAUGGUUUGGAGUUCCGAUUGCCACGUGGCCGAUGUACGCAGAGCAACAGCUGAACGCGUUCACGUUGGUGAAGGAGUUGGAGUUAGCCGUGGACCUGCGGAUGGAUUACGUGUCGGGUCGUGGGGGUUUGGUGACCUGUGAGGAGAUCGUGAGAGCCGUCCGAUCUUUGAUGGACGGUGGGGAGGAGAAGAGGAAAAAGGUGAAGGUGAUUGCUGAUGCGGCGAGGAAGACUUUGAUGGAUGGAGGAUCAUCGUCUUUGGCGACGGCUCGAUUCAUCGGAGAAUUGCUGGACGAUGGUUCGUGCUAA